AGCUCAACAAUUUUUUAAAAAAUAGAACUCCCCCAAACACGCCCUAUAAAAAAGCUCUCAAACUCCCCAAACUGCCCCUUCUCCUCAGUUCGACCCUUCUUCCCCAAUGGAGCAGAAGCAGAGCCACCACCAUACUCCGACCUCCCACCUUCUCGACGCGCCACCCCGACCUCGCGACAGACAUUCCCCACCUUCCCUCCUCCGCCCCUAUAGUACUACCAGCCCCAAACCCCAAUCUCCCGCCGACGACGACGAGAUGAGCUCUGCUUCCGCCUCUGCCUCCUCUGCCUCUGCCUCCAUUCUGUGCUCUGGCGCCGGAUCGAACGCCGCGCGGUACAAGCUCAUGUCGCCGGCGAAGCUCCCGAUCUCGCGUUCCUCCUGCAUCGCCAUCCCUACCGGUUUGAGCCCCACCUCGUUUCUCGAGUCACCGGUUCUCCUCUCCAACAUCAAGGCAGAGCCUUCUCCAACUACUGGUUCUUUCUCCAAGCCUCAAAUGCUGCAUGGCUCUGUUGGUUUGGCCCCUUCGUUGUCAAACACAAACCACUCUAAUGGCAACACCCUUGAUGAAAGGAAAUCCAGCGGCUUUGAGUUCGAACCCCAAAUUAUAUUAAAUUCCAGUUCAGGAUUAUCCUUCGUGGGACCCUGGGUUUCUGCAGGUUUGAACAGACAGCAAAGUGAGCCAUGUGUACAAAUGCAAGGUCAUUGCCUUUCUCAAUCAUUUGCAUCAUCUCCUACGGUUAAAAGUGAGAUGGUAGCCUCUUCCAAUGAAUUAAGUCUAUCUACACCCAUUACAUCAGGGGCUAAUGUUCCUGCUGAAGCUACUGAUGUCUUUAAGCAGAGAGGGCAUUCCAAUUCAGGGAUCCCAACAUCACAAUCUGAUCAUAAAGGGAUUGGGCCUCCAGUUUUAGCAGAGAGGUCAUCUGAGGAUGGAUAUAAUUGGCGAAAGUAUGGGCAGAAACAUGUUAGAGGUAGUGAAUUUCCAAGAAGCUAUUACAAGUGUACACAUCCAAACUGUGAAGUGAAAAAGCUGUUUGAGCGAUCACAUGAUGGACAAAUAACUGAGAUCAUCUAUAAGGGCACGCAUGAUCAUCCAAAACCUCAACCUAACCGCCGAUUGGCUGCUGGUACUGUUAUGUCUACCCAGGAGGGAUUUGACAAGGUUUCAUCUCUAACUGGUCAAGAUGACAAGUCUGCUGGCAUAUAUGGCCGCAUAGCUCAUAAAAUUGAGCCAAAUGGCAAUCCUGAGUUAUCUCCUGAUGCUGUAAUUGAUGAUAAUGUAGAAGGCGCGGUUUCACUAUCUAACCUUGAUGAAGUUGAUGAUGAUGAUGAUCCAUUCUCAAAGCGAAGGAAGCUGGAUGUUGGUGGGCUUGAUGUCUGUCAGGUGGUUAAGCCUAUCCGGGAACCGCGUGUUGUUGUUCAAACCCUGAGCGAAGUUGAUAUACUGGAUGAUGGGUACCGGUGGCGCAAGUAUGGGCAGAAAGUGGUGAGAGGCAAUCCUAAUCCAAGGAGUUACUACAAGUGCACAAAUGCUGGAUGCGCCGUCAGGAAACAUGUCGAGAGGGCAGCCCAUGAUCCAAAAGCAGUCAUUACCACAUACGAAGGGAAACACAAUCAUGACGUACCCACUGCUAGGAUUAGCAACAACUCCAAUGAUGCAGGAGGAUGCUCAGCUGUGAAUGGAACACCGAGGAUUAGAUCAGCAGAAGAAAGAAACAGGGUCAGCCUUGAUCUUGGUGUUGGAAUUAGCUCUGCUGCUGAGAAUAGAUCAAAUGAGCAUCCCACACAGCACAUGGGGCUUUACCGCAGCCAAACACAUACUGGAGGUUCCAAUUUUAGGCUGCUUGGAGAAACCCAUGUUUCAUCAUACUAUGGUGCCCCGAGUGGUGAUCUUGGUCAGUUUGGAGCUGUAGAAAACCACCGGACCCAUGGUUUUGCAGCUUUACCCUUGACACAUUCCUCCAUCGUAUAUCCACCGAACGUGGGCAGAGUGCUACUUGGUCCAUGAAAGGUUUUGUUCACAUCAAGUCCAUAGAAAAUAAAUGGUUUGGUUAUCUUUUCUUUGCUGUUCAGGUGGUGGGGGUAAAUGAUACAGAUUACGUAUAUGGCAGGUUAGUCCUCUAUGUAUUUAGGCCAGUCUGAGAUGUGCUCUUGUUGUAAACUUUCUCCUUGCAAAUGCUUUGUAACACCCAAUUACUGUUCAUACUACAGUAACUACUCUGAGCUCAGAACUUGUGUAUAAACAUGAAAUUUGACCCACGUUGACAGAUUCUGACCAGAAGAAAAGUGUUGUAACUCAAAGUGCUUGAAAUUGAACACUGUUUUUUUUUAUUGUCUUCAACUAAGAUAGGAAUGAACUCUUUGCAAGUGCA